GGAAGUAAACAAAGAAGCCGAAGCAGUCGAGGGCAGCAUCGGGUCGCUCGGAUGAGCUUGUUCUCGCGGCUGACUGCGGGGGGAAAUCGUCUCCGAAGCGAAUGAAGAAACUCCUGAUCUUUCACUUCACUUACAGAGGACUUCGGACGAAAGGAAAAAAGAGCAAACGGAGAAAAUGGAGUAUAACGUGCGGAAGGCUGAGGCGAAGGACGUGCCGGACAUUUUACGACUGGUGAAGGAACUUGCAAAGUAUGAAGACAUGGAGAGCCAGGUGACUCUGACUGAACAAGAGCUCCUGGAGGACGGAUUCGGCGACACGCCCUUCUACCACUGCAUCCUGGCUGAGAUCCCGGGAGGCGGCGACAGCCGAGAUUCCAAGGUGGUGGGCUUCGCCAUGUACUACUUCACGUACGACCCCUGGGUGGGCAAGCAGCUCUACAUGGAGGAGUUCUACGUAAUGGGCGACUUUCGAGGCCUCGGCAUCGGCUCGGAGAUCCUGCGGCGGCUCAGCGACCUGGCGGUGAAGACUCGCUGCACGGGCAUGAUGUUCGUGGUGGCCGAGAACAACCAGGUGUCCAUCCAGUACUACAAGCGUCGCGGCGCCGAGGACCUCUCGCAGGAGGAGGGCUGGAGGCUGUACCGCUUCGACAAGAGCAGCCUCGUCAAGAUGGCCACGCCCACCGUUCAAUAAAAGCAGGAAGUCCGUUGCGUGGCAAAGGAGACGGAACUUGAUCAGAAAUAAACUCGCCGAUUGAGCGCAUCUUG